AUGAGUCUCUCGCCCGAAGAAACGCGUCAAUACGUUGAUGCUCUUGUAGCCGGUGGAUCAUUAGCGAAAAUUCCUGUUGAAUAUCAUCCACAAUUACUUAUGCCACUUUCAGCAGCAAAAAACGAAGCAAUUGUUGCUGGAAAUGCAGCUCAAGUUAAAAGAAUUCAAGUUUUAAUGAAAAGCUUAAAGUUAGGUACAGACAGGACAACAUCUGCGCGCAGGCAAAAAACUAUUGUUCGAUCUACUUCUCGUUCUACAACUGUUGAUGAGCCUAUUUCACCACUAGUCGAUGAAUUAAUGGAUGGCAGACCAACAGAGACAGUUGAUGAUUCUCAAUUAGCUGAAGUUAUUCAGGGAUUAAAAGAUAAAAUUGAAGAUCUUAAAUUAGUUGCAGAUUAUAGAGGUUUACAGCACGCAGAGAAUCUAAUUCAAGAGUUAAAUUCACGAAAAUACGAAGCUACAUAUGCAGCAGCGAAAAUUACAAUGCUAGCACAAAUACAAGACCAAUUAAAUUUGACUCAGAUGAAAUUGCAAGAAACUCAAGACUAUUGGAACCAAAAAUUAGCUGAAACAGAUCAAGAAUAUCAAGCUGAAAGAGAAGCUUUGAUUAACGAUCAACAAAAAGAACUUGAAGAAAAUAACAAUUCUUUCCCUUUUACGUUACCAGCCAAUUUCAGAAAGCUUAGUCCACAAGUACUACAAUUACGUGAUCAAGAGAAGCAUCUUUUUUAUUCAAAAAGAUAUGAAGAUGCAAUUUUCUACCGAGAUCGUGCAGAUAAGUUAGAACUUGAAGAAAUGGAAGUUCAGCGUGCCAAAUUCAAUAGAGCAUUCGAAGCCAGAAGAAAGCAGUUGAUUGAAACUCAAAAAUCUCAAUUAGAAUGUUUUGAAAAACGAUGGGAAAGAAAAAAGCUUAGAAUACAAAUGGAUGCAAAUGCUGAAAUCAAUCCUCUAAAGAUUGCCGAAUCUAAACUCCAAGACAGAAUAAACCGUAUAGAUUCUGAGAUCGAAGGAUCUUCGCACACAGCUACGACGUCAGGAAGAAUUACUUCUAGAGCUGGAGGAAUGACAACAACGCCUCUUAAAAGAUCUUCCCUUAGAGCUACUCCCGCAUCUGUCAAUCCAAGAAUUAGAAACUAUGCAGCGAUUAAGAUGACUCCAAGAGGUUCUUCUAGAGCUCAACAAAGAUACUAA